GCCGCGCAUCGCCUGGCUAGAAUGGCGGCUCUUUUGGAAUCUGUGUUGUUGAAGAAAGUGAACAUUAAGACUGUCUUAGACUGGCUGAAAAACACUGAGGAGAAUGACGGGUUGUCAUUCAGUGACUCUGUGGUGGUAGUGCACAAACAAGAGUUUAUUCCUUUUCUAUUAAACUUCCUAAGAGAGCAAAGCAGCCAAGCACUAACACAUGGCCCCACCACUCCUGCUAAGACUCCCUGUCGGCCCAGACCUGCUUCACAGGCGCAGAGCCUCCCUGACCGAGGAAGCUGCAGGUCUACUGGUAGUGGAGCUGGCUCUCGAAAUGCCAGCAGGGUUCAGCUAUUUUCUCCAGCACCCUCUGUGUCCCCUGGAGCUGAGUGCGAUGCUGCUGGCCGGCCAGGGUCCCACUGUCUGACCGGUGUCAGUGCCUUCAGCAGCCCCUCCUUUACUACAGCAUGGAGCCCAGCCUCAAGGCCCUCAGGCUCCGAGCGCCGGCCAGGGCAGAGGAUCAAUCUGGGGGACUACAUUGUUUCCUCUCCAGACCUUCAGCACAGUCCCAAUUUCCAGUCACAGAAGGCCCGCAAGAGGAGUAGUGGUGGUGGCGGUGGCGGUGGCAUGGCAGUGGGUGGCCAAAGCAGACAUGGUGGUGGGCGUGGCAGUUAUCACAGUGAUGACACAGGGAGGUGGGAGAGUGGAGGGAGAAGGUCAGGUAAAGGAGGUGGUUUUGGGAGGAUAAGUGUGCAAGUUUCACCUCCGUCUGUAGAGCAACUCAACUUCAAUAACUUUGAGGAUUUCCCACCUGUUGGAUCAUCGCCCAUUUCUCCUGUGUCAACCAAACCUUCAAGAAGAAUAAACCCAACACCAGUCAGUGCAGAGCGCCCGCACUCCAAGCCAAAGACUUGUUUCACCUCCACACCUUUUAGUAAACUCUCUAGUCCACCUGCUGGAGUAGAGUCUCCUGAGGGGUCUCUGACAGUGGGUAGUCCUUUAAGCCUUCAGGAAGAGAGGGAGUUGCUAAAGAGGGAGAAGACAAAGUGGGCACAGCAAGUCUGCACUCCUCUGCUCUCCUCGUCUGACCCUUGUACCCCACCAAAGUCAGGGCAUAGAGUGGGAUCUAAAGUUACACCAGAUCCACAGAUACCUUGUCCUGAACCGUCGAAAGUCACCCUCUCUUUAGAAUUGGAUCUCCUGGCAGAGCUGUACUGUACCUGCAUUUCAGAAAACCUAGUGCCAAACAUUUUCCUGGAGCUUUUCUUUGUGAUGCAGUUGCUGACAUCUCAGUCUUCUCAAAAUCACGAAGAUGACAGAGAAGAAAGUUUGUGUUCAGUGCAUUCAGAUAUUUUGGAGAGAGGUUACCUAAGAUCAGUUCACAACUGUGUAUAUUUUGCAGUGAAGGUUCUGGAGAAUCAGUUUCAGCUGGUAGCCCAUUUGGACAAGUGCACCAUGCGUUUGCUGGCAGAAAAUGAAAGGGUGGCGUCCUUUUCUCCAGAUCUCAGGGACCAACUGACUCAGGUCCAGGACAGAAGCACAGCCAAGCUCUCUCCUUCUGUUUCCACUUUCAUCCACUCAGUGCCAUUCCAGCCUGCUACUGACAACCGGUCCAACUUCAACAGUGACAAGGCCUUCCACACCUUUAAAAAACAAAGGGAUAUUUUCUAUGAAGUUUUCCGGGAAUGGGAGGACUUUCAUAAAGAACCGGGGUGGAGUUUUGACGCUGCUCUUGGAAGUCGAAUUAGGGGAAUGAUGAGUCAACUGACUGCUGCAGGGAACCAUUCACACUUUGCUCGUUUGUUCAUAAAGCAGCUUGUACAGAUGUGCAAAGGGCCUCGUGGGAACAGCCCUCCUGGGGACACUCCUGAUGCUGACCUGCUAGGCAUGCUGGGAGCUGACAGUCUGGGGCGCCUGAAGCGACUCGAGGAGCGUCUUAUUCAGCCUCAUGGAGUCGCUGGACCUUGUCCUCCUCCAUCCUUCCCUGGACAUCAGGAGUUCUUCAGGGACUUUCUGCAGACAGCGAGCUGCUGCCAGCUCAACCAGCACCUGCAGGACAGCCUGUGUCAGCAGCUCCUCCAGCUGGAUGAAGUGUCGAUCCUGAGCCCUCCUGGCAAAGGAGAGGAGGAGGAGGAGGGAGAUGGUGACAUGGAGCAACAGGAUGAGAAGCAGCGGUUCACCUCAGUGUUGCUACUUGCUCGUCUUCUGGCAAAAUUUCUGGGCUUCAUUUCGUUUCUCCCUUACCAAACAGCUGAGAGGCCAUCCAGGGAGAUACAGGAGACUGCAAUAGCCCUGCGUAGCAAAAGUGUUCCAGUGUUGGAUGUUUGUGCUGUACUGAAGAACAGUGUGAGGAGGAGACGCACCAUCCUGACUAUACCCUGGCUGGUGGAGUUCCUGUCCAUGUUGGACUUUAUUGGUCCUUUGUUACUUUGCUACAGGACUGCUUUAGGCACACUGCUUCUCUUGUACAGGAGGAUGAUAUUAGGCAGAUGUGGGGAAAUGUGUUACUUGAACAAGCUACUAAUGGUGUCUGUAUUGGGCUGGCUUUUCCAGAUCCCAGUGAUUCCUGAAGACAUUUUCUUCACCAGUGAGUUUACGGAGGUGGCUCAGCUGGAGGACAGCUGCACAAGCACUACAGGACUUGACUGCAUUCCCCUCGUGGAUCAGCAGCUGCUCUAUACAUGUUGUCCAUUUCUUGGUGAGUUUCGGAAACUCCUAGCUGCUUUUGUGUCUGGAAGCACAGCAAAGAGUGGAGGAAUUAUCCGCAAGAUCACUCCUACUUCUGCUGAGCUCCGGGACACACCGACUGCACACAGAUCCCAGCAGAAACUCCAGGUGGACCUGGAACAAGCCUUCUUUCACAAUCAGCCACCGUCACUGCGCCGCACUGUUGAAUUUGUAGCUGAGAGGGUUGGAUCCAACGCUGUCAAGCAUAUGAAGGCCACAUUAGUGAGUGAAUUGGUGGAGAGAGGUGAGAAGAUGUUGAAAACUGGACUGGAAUCCCCAUCCUCCAAUGCAUCCAAACUGAAUGACUCCAUCUGUGCUCAGCUGUGUGAGGCUGGUUUGGAAGCUCUUGAGAGAGCCACCAGAUUUUGCUGCGAGAAGAGCCCUGAAGCCAUACGAAUAUUGCUUCCUGAAGAGUCAUCUCCUGCGGUUCUGACUACAUCUGAAAACAUCACCAAACGUCUGGCAACAGAAAAAGCCUGCAGCUGGUUGGCUGCCAACAUCACAGCGCUGAUAAGGCGAGAGUGGAAGAGUAAAUAUGAGCGUGUGAUGAAAGCCCUCAGCAGCCCAGUGACUCCAGACACCAGCUACAAUGUGGAAGAGCUGAUGGGCCAGGAGAAACCCACUACCCCCAAAAGGAAACAAGGGAGUGAGAGAGUGAGCUCCUGCCCUCCACACUGCACCCACAGAGUCUCACUGCCCUCUGACCUUCUGGUUGAGAUGAAGGAGUGGUUGAGCAUUGCAGUCGGCCCCAGGACUGACAAGGAGCUGCCGACGGUCUCUCAACUCACAACGCUGCUUCAGAAAGUGGGAGAAACACUGGCCUGCAGAAAGUUCUCCACUGUGGUGUCAGAGCAAAUGCUGCUGAACUUGACUCUUCUGCUGGCCUGCAAACUGGUGUCUGCAGAGCUGCCCGUGCUGUCCCCGUCAGGAUGUGCUGGAGGUGCUGUGGUGCUUGUGGGUCCUGGUUCAGGGUCACAGCCUCCUGUCAGAAUGCUGUUGGAGCAGUUUGCUGAGCUGUGGCUGCAGGACUGCUGUUCAAGUGCCCCCCUCCACCUGCUCUUCACGCCCCUCACUGUCACCGCUGUGCUGAAGGCCAGUGACACAGAAUGGAACAACUACCUGUUUUUGGUUCGAAAGCUGAUCGAUCAAGGAGUCUUGAGUGAAGAAGAAGUCAUAUCUCAUUGGAAGAAGUUAACAAACCUGGCCUUGCCAACGGAGCUGAUGGAGAAACUUGAACUCCAGUCUCAGAGUAUUAAACCCUCCUCACCUCUGGUUGAGCUCCAAGGCCACAUGGACAGGCUGCAGGUCUCACAUCAGACAGUAGAGGGCGCUACAUGACAACAGUGACAGCCCAGAAACCCACAGCAUCCUUCUGUUUGGUCACCUCAGUGUUUGUCACAGCUGUCAGUGUGUUUUUCAGUGGAAAGACCAUUCUGGGUGUGUUGUUGUUGUUGUUGUUGACCAUUUCUGCACAGCUCAAAUAUAUUCCUGAAAGGCAUGUGGACUUGACUUAUAACAGAAGCUCUUCCUGAAGCCCUGCCAGUUCAUAUUCAUAACUGGGGACCACAACAUUUUGCACCUUAGGGCUAUGAAACCUUCCUCUAAUGUGAUUAGAUGACUGCAUCAAUUAGAAAAGGUAAAUAAAAAAGUAAAUCAAGUCAAUAACAUUAGAAAAAGGAAAGGGUUUGGUUUGAGAUGAGCAGCCUUACAUUUAUGCAGGGCUCAAGACGAAGUUUGGCACAUUUGUUAGUAAAUUUUAAAUAUGGUGUUUUAAGUAGACAAGCCAUAAUUAACAGGAGGAUAUUUAGAGAGUCAC